AGUAACAACAAGAAAUCUAUUUUUAUAAAAUGCAACAUUUAAAAAAUUGUAACAUUUGACUAUGGUUCAUUGAGGAUAAUGUAAAUGAUGCAAAAUGUUCAAAGUUUUUUAUUUUUAUUUUUACUGAUAGUGUUGAAUUUUCAUGUAGUCUUAAGUGCAGUCUGUAUUGGUCAAAGAGCUACUACUACUAUUUGGUUAAAUCAAAAUGGAGACUGUCAAGAUGUGGGUUUUUGUCAAUACCUACAAAAUUGCACUUGUUGGCAUGGAAAUCUUGUUGUAAAAAGUACAAAGUACUAUGAUGAAGAAAAUUUUAAGCCAUAUUUUCCGAAACUUAGAGAAAUUACUGGAUAUUUAUUAAUAUCCCUUUGCACUCUUAAGUUUUUUCACUUGUUUCCAGGACUGACAGUGAUUCGUGGGGGAGACCUUAUAUUAAACUAUGCACUUGUUAUUUAUUAUAAUGAAAUAAAAGAAGUAUACUUUCCAAGUCUAACUACUAUCCUUAACGGCGGUGUUCAUAUUGGAAGAAAUCAUCGAUUGUGCUAUGUAAACACAAUACGUUGGAAAUCAAUUAUAAAGGACAUUCAUCAAACAGGGCAGUAUGGAAUUUAUUUGGAAUCCAAUAAAUUAAACUGUGAUUUAGGUUGUCUAAAAGGACACUGCCAUCCUGCUCCUGGACAUGAUGGUGAUCCUAAAGCUCAAUACUGUUGGGGGCCUGGGCCAAAAAAACAACAGAACAAAGCACAAUGUCAACGUUUUUGCAAUACUCAGUGUGGUCCAGAGGGAUGCUUGGAUGGUUCUGAUCAUAUAUGUUGCCACCAUGAGUGUUUGGGUGGUUGUUCUGCAAUAAACUCUACAAAUACUUGUCAUGCAUGCAGAAAAUAUCGUAUAAAAUCUACCGGACAAUGUGUUAGUAAAUGCCCUAGAAAACAAUAUCUGGUUGACAAGUUUCUUUGUCAAGAAUCUUGUCCAUAUUGGUCAAUUAAUUCCACAGAAUAUCAUCACUAUUUAUGGCAAGGAGAAUGUGUUACAAAGUGUCCCGUCAAUUACAUCAGUAAUAACCAAACAAAAAAGUGUGAGAAAUGUAAAUCUGGAAUGAAAUGUAAUACAGUCUGCAAAUUUCAAGAUGUUAUGGCAGAUGGCACAUUGUAUAAUGGUGCAUUGAUUCGUGUACCUUCUGAUAUUUCUAAAAAAGGUUUAGUUGGAUGUAGUGUUUUUGAGGGAAGUCUUACUUUUCAACUUCAGGAAGGAACAGGUAAAGCUGAAGAUUCAUUAAAUGAAUUAAAGUCAUUGAAAGUACUCAAAGGUCACUUAAAAAUUCAGAAAUCAUCGCUUAAAUCAUUAAACUUUCUUUCCAGUCUUGAAGUGAUUGAAACUCCACAAAAUGCUUUGUUGCACAACAAGUAUGUUAUGGCUGUUUAUGAAAACAGUCAGUUAAGUGAAUUGUGGCCUGGGAAUGAAAGUAUCAUUGUUAGUGAUGGCGGAAUAUUUUUUCAGUAUAACCCUCGCUUGUGCCCUCUUCACAUACGAAAUUUACAAGAUCGAAUUCAUUACAAAAAUGGAAGUAAAGUGACUGGAGAAGUUUCACUUCAGAAUAAUGGCCACAAAGUUUUAUGUGAUACGCAAAUGCUUGUUAUGCACGUUGAAGAAUUUAUUCCCCCUGACUUAAACAUGGAAACAGAUAUGACAGCAAUAGAAUGCAAUUCAUUUAAAUGUGUCAAAGUAACUUGGAAUUUUACAAUGACUAGUGCAUAUAAUAACAUAUUGUUUUAUGCCAUUUACUUUAAAGAAUUACAAUCUAAUCAAGAAGCAGUUGUGCAGCUAGACAACGAAUGUCAGAAUAACGAUGAUUGGAAUGUGAUUACUGUAGAUAUUCCAAAAAUUGAAAGUUUAGAACAAAGUCUGUUUCUACAAUCUAAAAUUAUCUCUAAAUUGACACCUUAUACAAGAUAUGCAUUUUACAUCAAAGAGAUAGUUUCAAAAGGAGAGGAAAGAUCUAGCCAUAUUCAUUACAUCAACAUCUCCCAAGACCUUCCAUCUGAACCACUUGGUGUGGAAGCAUCAUUUCUUUCUGAGAACAAAAUUCUUUUGAAAUGGAGGGCACCUAGCAAACCUAAUGGGAUAAUUACAGCAUUUAAAAUUUAUUACAAUAAACCAGACUAUUCUUUUUGGGAAGAGCAAAAGGUAUUAGACUGGUGCAGUCGAGAUGCAAAUAGAGAUAAAAAUGCUAAAGAUGUAGCAGGUUACCCAGUUAAUAAAGAAAAUUACAAUCAAUAUUGCAAUAUAAGUUGUGUGUGCGAUGAAGAGAAAGAAAAUUCAAAAGCUAUAAAAGCUGAUAGAGAAGCACAUAAUUUUAAUGUGGAGUUUCAAACUGAGUUAAUGAGGGUUCUUUUUACAAAGAAUAAGUUUAGUUACAGAAACAAAAACAAAUCUCCCCCAAAAAUAGAUUUUAGUAAAAAUGUUAGUUUAAUCCUAUCAAACAAGAUUCUAACUUCAACAUCAACUACAGUUACUCAAGCAAAAAUUGAAAUUAUAGAAGAACCUAAAGUAACUGUGAAUGGAAAUAUAUUUUCUUAUGUAAUUUCUGGUUUGGAUUAUUUUGAAGAUUAUGAGCUCAAGGUAUGUGGAUGCACCGUUGUUGGUUGUAGAAGACCUAGCUCAACAAUAAAUCUUGAUUGUGGAAUCGUACAAGCACGCACUGGUGUUAACCUAACUGCUGAUAAUCUUGAUAGCAAAAUGGUUAGGGUUCAAGUCCAACUAGAUUCUUAUAAUAUUUCUUGGAUAGCGCCACAGAAACCAAAUGCUGUUAUUCUUAAAUAUGAAAUCUCUAUAAGAUAUGCAUUGGAUAAAGAUGCGCUUGUUAUUUGCCGCCCUGGUUAUUUACCAACUUAUAUUAUAAGAAAGUCCCGUUUUGGAAACUAUGUAGCAAAAAUCCGCGCAAUAAGUCCAGCUGGAAAUGGUUCUUGGACAGAGGAGAUUCACUUUAAAGUUGCAGAAUUGUCUGUAACAAAAAAUAAUAAUCAGUUAAUUAUUGGAAUUAUUUCUGCUGUAUCUGCAGUGAUUGUUGCCUUGCUGGUUUUUAUUCUCUUGUAUAUGUUUCUUCACAGAAAAUUGGAAAAAGAUGUUCAGGGAGUUUUGUAUGCCAGUGUUAAUCCUGAAUACAUGAAUUCAAAAGAAGUUUAUAUUCCGGAUGAAUGGGAAUUAAACCGUGAAAAAAUUGAAUUAAUUCGUGAACUUGGUCAAGGUUCGUUUGGAAUGGUAUUUGAAGGUAUUGCACAUGGCAUAGGUGAUCAUGCUGAACUUCGUGUUGCUGUGAAAACUACUAAUGAAAAUGCGUCAAUACAUGAUCGAAUUCAAAUUUUACAGGAAGCAUCAAUUAUGAAAGCAUUUAAUUGUAAUCAUGUUGUAAAGUUAAUUGGUGUUGUGUCUCAAGGACAACCCACAUUUGUUGUUAUGGAACUAAUGGGUAGAGGAGAUUUAAAAUCUUAUCUAAAGGAAAGAAGGCCUGAUGAUGGUGGCAUUCCACUUAUGCGUCAGGAAAUAUACCAAAUGGUAGCUGAAAUAGCUGAUGGUAUGGCAUAUUUAGCUGCUCGAAAAUUUGUGCAUUGUGACCUUGCUGCAAGAAAUUGCAUGGUAGCUUCCGAUUUUACAGUUAAAAUAGGGGAUUUUGGCAUGGCUAGAGAUAUCUAUGAAAGAAAUUAUUACCGAAAAGAUGGUAAAUCGCUCCUUCCAAUACGUUGGAUGGCACCUGAAAGUUUAAAGGAUGGUAUUUUUAGUACCGCUUCUGAUGUCUGGUCUUUUGGCGUCGUGUUGUGGGAAAUAUGCACUUUAGCUUCCCAGCCAUACCAAGGCAAAACUAAUGAGCAAGUACUUAAUUUUGUGCUCAGUAAUGGUCAUUUAGACUACCCAGAAGGUUGUGAUUAUCAAUUACGCGAGUUUAUGUCGUUAUGUUGGCACCGGGAUCCAAAAAUGAGACCAUCUUUCCUUGAAAUAGUGCAUGUACUUGAAAAUGAAGUAGACGAUGAUUUUGUCAUGGUGUCUUUUUAUCAUGAGAUGAAAAGAAAAGCACUUGAGGAUAUCUAUAUGAAAAGCGAAAGUUACAUAAAAAGUGAUGCUUAUACGAUGAGUGAUGGUUACACGAAGGGUGAUGGUAAUAUGCAAAACAUGCUAAACCGCUCACAAAAUCGAAAGUCCGCUAUUGAAAAAUCAAAAGAAAGACUUUCCAUAUCAUCGUUAGAUUCAGGAACUUAUGUUGAAAAAUAUGAUGCUAACGACACGCCUGAGGAAAUUCCAAAAAAGAAAAAGCGCCCUCGUUCUAAAAGAAAUUCUGCAGUUGAUUCGAAUGCAUGCGAGACAAAACCAAUGUUGCGAGUUGAAAGUUUAUAUGACAAUCACGAUGCUUUCUCAGAAAAUAUGCAAUAUGGUGAUACACCUGUUGGAAAAAGUGAUCUAAUGCAUCCAGAAACAAAUCGUGAGUUAAGGUUAAGUGAAAUAUUUUAUGGCAAACCGAUUCCCGUGUAAAUAAUCUAUAUCAAUGGCCGUUAAUAAUAAACCGCCAUAUAUAUAUGAGUUUUUCAAUUUUAAAUAGUUUGUUAACCUAAAGGUAUUUAUGCCAUUAGAAUUUAACAGUUAUACAAAAUGCCGAGUAAGCAUAAAAAACAAUAUUAUUUAUAUACAAAUAUUUUUUUAAGUUUUUAUUUUAUAAACAAUUUUCUACCAUAACAAAAUUUUUUUAUUAGUUUUUUGUAUAAGUUUGUAUUUUUAUAUAAUUGUUAACAUUUUGUGUUAUCCUUUUUUAUUGCCCAUCUUUUAAAAAUUUAUUUCAAAAGAUAUUUUUUAAUAUCAAAAAAACAAGUUAUAUGAAUAAAAUAAUCACUUUAA